GUGCCUGGCACACAGCAGUGCCAUGUAAUGUUCUUAAAUAAAUGGUGUGGUCACUUACGAUGGAUGAUGGAGCAGCUCAAGUGUUAGCAACGGGCCAGCCUGCUGAGGCCAAAAUUGAUAUCCAAUACGCCAUCAUUGGGAUUGCUGUGGGCUUCGCCAUAUCGGCCAGCUUCCUGGCCCUGAAGAUCUGCAUCAUCAGGAAGCACUUGUUUGAUAAUGAUUCCUCCGAACAGAGAAGCACUAACGUGGGCUUCAAUGGUAAGGAAAUGAUGCUCAGCCCCAUCUCUGCCUUUGCCUGAGACAAGACAUGACCUGGCCAGUCACCUGGCGUGAGGCUCUGAGGGCAACACUGGCUGGAGAGAGAAUAAAAAAAAACAUGGGUUGAAAAGACAUGCAGCGACCUCUCUGUGUCUCUGUCUCUGUCUGUCUCUCUCUGCUUCUCUCUCUCUCUCUGUACUUUUCCAUUUAGUCAUUCUUAAGAUUCUUAAGAAUCAGCUUUCCUGCAGUAAAGGUGGGGAAGGGGCCUGAGUUGGCUUCAGACAGUAAUUUCUAUUCUCUUACUCACAGAGUGUGAUCAGAUGAGAUCGAUCCCGGGAGGUGACGAGGCUGCCGCUGGCAUGGGUGGGUGGUGGGAGUGUGGCUGGCACUGCCUACCUGGACCAAGUUGCACUUUUUUUCAUAAACUGGGCAAGUCCUACCCUGAGAAGCUCUGAGCGUAUCCUCAUGAUCCAAACAGAGCUGGGCUUAUGUGAACCCAGCGUGGUUCUCCACAUGCCGUGGCAGCCACGGAGAGGUGCAUCCCAUGCAGACGCUGAGCACUCAGUUUGUGAGUCUUGACAGCAAAAUGUAACAUUGAUUCGCACCGCUUUUCUCUCAAGGUGGGACCUGCAAAAUCCAUUCCCCGUAUAAGACUGCUUAAUGGGAUGGUGAUGCAGUUUUUCAGAGGAUGAGGAGGAAGGACCCUCACCAUGUAUCUGGAAAACGUGAUUAUUACCUGUGAAGAUGUGCAGAAGGGGGCAGAGAGAGGAGGAGACGGCACUCAGGAGAUUCCAGGGUGUCCAACUGCACAAGCAACUUUGUUGGUCAUAGGAGUUCACUUGCUGUUGAUUUUGUAUCACUAGGAAUAUGAGGGGAGAGAAAAGUCUCUUCAUCACACAGCAGGAGAUGUUCUAGAUCUCCUAAGGGCAAGAGGGCCCAGGAUCUGUAAGG